UAGCCCGGAACAUUGUCUUAAACGAAGGAGUCUUUUAUUGUAUAAAAUAGAGUGAUGUUAGGUUGAAAUAAUACGCUUGUACCAUAAUUCAGAUAAAAGAAAAUUGAUCUUCGUGACAUGCUCUAUAAUCGAUUCUUUUUCCGAAAAGGAUGACGAGUUUCUCAGAUGACUGAUAUUUUCCUUUGAAAUUGAACUUGAAACGCGAUGUUUGUUGUGUAAAAGGAAAUCUUAAGGGUGGUAUUUCCUUCGUUUGAAAGCUUCUCAAUGUUAACAACUUUUACGUGAGAGUGUAUACCAUUUGUUAUAGUUUCAAAGCGCAUUUGAAUGCGAAGUGGAGAUAUGAAAGGUAGAGCUAAAAAACAAAGAAAUUUAUUUCUCCGUAAUGCGGUUCUUGUAUUUUUGAUUAUUUGUUUAUUUCUAACUUAUUUGGCAAAUGAUUUUAAAACAGAACUUUCAGAAUGGACAAGAUUUGAAAACGAAACUUUACUUCGAGAAGAAACAGAUGCAUCUUUAGGUAAUGUUGAAUAUCUGGACUUACGAAUGGGGCACUCGCGGGUGCUGAAAAAUAAAAACAGUAAAGCUUUGGACGGUACGAGCAAUUUUAAUAUUUCUUCUAUAACUCGAAAGUUGCCAAAUGCAAUCAUUAUCGGCGUGAAAAAAUGUGGCACACGUGCAUUGCUCGAGUACCUUAGACUUCAUCCAAACAUUAAAGCAGCAGGACCGGAACCGCAUUUCUUUGACAGAUAUUAUCACAUGGGCCUCGAGUGGUACAGACAAAAAAUGCCAAGGUCAGGUGUAGACCAAUUAACAAUUGAAAAGACGCCCAGGUACUUUGUCACAGAGGUAGUACCAGAAAGGAUCUAUAACAUGUCUAAAACUAUCAAACUCAUACUUGUGGUGAGAAAUCCAGUAACACGUGCACUAUCGGAUUUCACUCAAGCUGUUAGCAAAGGAGAAUAUAAUAGCAGCGUAACAUUCCAAAGCAGGGCUAUUCGCCGUGACGGCGCCAUUAACAUCAAGUGGUCUGCAGUCAACAUUGGUCUUUAUGCUUAUCAUUUAAAACGUUGGUUAGAUAUUUUUCCUUUGGAAAGUAUACAUGUGGUAGACGGUGAAAAUUUAAUCCGAAACCCAGUUCAGGAAUUAAAUGUGGUGCAAAAUUUCUUAGGUAUAGACAUACAAAUUCCAGCAGAAAUCAUUUAUAUGAAUGCUACCAAGGGCUUUCCAUGUAUCCUACAGCAACAAAAGACACCCCCUUUUAGAUGUUUCCGAAGUUCCAAAGGGAGACAACAUUCUUAUGCUGAUAAGAAGACUCUAACAUUGUUGCGUAAUUUUUAUGAACCAUAUAAUAUUGACUUCUAUCGAAUGAUAAAAAGGCAGUUUUUCUGGUAAUCGCAUUUUGCUUUAAAUUUCUAAAAGGGAUUUAUUCAUUGUGAUCAUACUUCUGGGCAGACCUGGAUGCUUAAAAAUGUAAUUGUAAUUAAUUGCAAUUCAAUUACAUUUCUUAAUCUUUCGAAUAUUAAUUGAAAUUUGGUGAUUUUUACCAAUUACAUGUUGUAGUUCAAUA